GUGGUUUCUUUUCCAUUUCUGUCUUAAACUUUUUACGUUUCAGGUCAAUGCGACUGAAGUGUUUUGCAAUUUCAAAUUUUAUGACCCUGAGUCUGGAAUUACUGAUUUAAGAUACCAACUACAUGAGCAACAACACGGAACGACCAAACAAUUCUAUCCAGAAACAAAGGGUCAGUGGAUUGAAGUAAGUCAUGCUAAUGAGACACAUCAUAGAGAGCAUGGGCUGAAGCUCACGGUCGGUCACCGAUAUUUUUCAAGACUGGUGGCAAUUAAUGGUGCUGGUCUGAUAUCAACAUACGAAACAAAUGGAUUUAUUGUAGAAAACACACCGCCGCAGAUAAGCUGGAUAAGGGUUGGAGUUUUGAGCGGAUUGGAACAUUUGAUUGAAGACUAUGUAUAUCAGUCAGAUCAUAAUGGAAUCAAAGUAUGUUGGUCGGCAAGCGAUCCGCAAAGUGGCAUCAAUGCCAUUCAGUAUUCGAUUAGAACUGUAACAGGUGGUACAGAUAUCAUCCCAUGGACAGAAAUAGCAAUAUCAACCAACAGUGCGUAUCUUCCGUGCGUACUGAAUAGUACAGAUACAGAAGGUUCGAAUACUCCAGUUUACCUCGUUUCUCUGAAGGCGAGAAACGGGGCGGGCCUCUGGAGUACUGUGAAAGUAUCAUCACCGAUCAUCGUUGUUCCUGAAGAUGUAACAGGUACUGUCCAUGACGGGCCGUAUGAGCACUUGAAUGAUGAUAUAGACUAUCAGGCUGAUGCUCACACCGUUACAAUGCAGUUUUCUGGUUUUGAAAGUAGUUUACAUGGUAUAAUGGCGUUUGACUGGGCUAUCGGUACUACUCCUGGCGCUGAAGAUGUACAACCAUAUCUAGAGGAUGGAAUAAUAAACAAUGAAGAAUAUGUUGAUGGAAAUGGUGUAACACAUUCUGGCUUUGCUCAAACUGCAGCAGAUCUUGAUCACGGCAAAUCCUACUACACCACACUGAGAGCUAAAACAAAUAAAGGCGAUAUACUACAAGCAACAACAAACGGCUUCGUUGUAGACACAACACUUCCGGAUAUUAUGUUUAAUACAUUAUCAGAAUCAACGAAGGUAGAUUCUGAAGACGUAAUAUAUCAGAAGGAUCAAUCCGUUUUAUCAGCAAUCUGGAAUUUCUCGGACUCCGACAAGUUGAUUACGGACAUCAACGACAAUAUACACUCUACAUGGUUUUCAGUUGGAACAGUUCCCAGUGCGGAAGAUAUAUAUCCGCGCACGUAUCAAAAUUUUUCAUCAGAUAACGAAGGCAGAUUACCGGUUGGACAUGUUAGACCUGCGCUUGCCGGAAUCUCAAAUGUAGUCACUGCCGGGGUAGUAAACAAAGCUGGUUUAGAAAAUGUAGUUGUUGCACCCCCAGUGAUACAGGAUAGCACUGCACCCGCUGCAGGAAAUGUGAAAUGCCCAAAGUUUGUACAGAGCCAGUCUGUAAUCGAGUGCACUUGGACGGGCUUUGUCGACAAGGAAAGUGGAAUAGCAAGCUACAAUAUUAUCUUCGGAUCUAAGCAAGGUUAUGGUGACUUGAAAAUCUCAGAAGCAAUACCCGGUGUUACAACCAGUUUUUCUGCAAAAGAUGUGCAAAAAAGUCACAAUGAUGUUCUGUUUGCGACUGUAACAGCUGAAAACAAUGUUGAAUUGUCAGUCAGAGCCUACUCUGACGCUAUUGUCGUUGAUGAUACUCCACCUUCUCCGGGAGUAGUUAUUGAACUAUCUAGUGAGGCUAAAGUUGACCCAUAUUACGUUGACAAAACGGUCGAAAUGAACCGAAAGGCAUGUUUGUCCGAAGACGAAUGUUUAAAAAUCGAUGCUAUUUGCACAGAAGCAUUUACAUAUCUUGGCGUAGCAUGGACACAUUUUAGUGAUGAUGAAUCCGAGAUAACGGAAUACCAAUUGGCCAUAGGAACAUCGCCUGGAGGAGCAGAUAUAUCACCAUUCAUUUCCUUAUCUACUGACUUAAAUCACUAUAUCGUGAAGGAUAUAAAUAUAAAAGGACAACGGCAGGUUUUUGCAACACUUAAGGCUACCAACUUUGCAGGGCUUACAACCAGCUCCUAUUCAAACGGUGUUUAUUUAUCAUAUUUGAGCCAAGGUUUGCCUCCUCUUGAUCAUGUUGGUAUUUACGAUUCACAUCAACAUUCCUUUGGUGAUGUAGAAAUCCAAUCAGAUACAAAUUCAAUUGAGGCAAAGUGGGACGUUUCGGGCGAUCCUUGUCCAGUUGCCAAAUAUGAGUGGUCAGUUGAAGAAACAGAUGGAACUGUCGUACAAGAAUUUACAGAUAUGUAUACAAGUACACAUGGCAGGACAGAGCAGCUCAACUUGAUAGAAGGAAGAAGGUACUACAGCCUUGUACGGGUUCAAAAUAUGCUCGGGUUUGUGUACACUUUACGUUCAGACGGUGUAACAAUCAAUUCUAACCCGAUGUUACCUGGCAUGGUGUAUGACGGUGAUGUGACAGGAUAUGAUCUUAAGGUAUUGUCAUCAAGGACAAUAGUUUCAGCAAACUGGGAAGGAUUUGGAGAACUACGACAACCCGGAGACAUCAGUGAAAUACUAACCGGCAACAAGGGCAUAGACGAAGGAGAAGAGGUUGAUUCCGACCAACAGGUAGCUUAUUAUGAAGUUGCUCUAGGAACAGACAGGCGAUUUGAUAAAACAAGAGACAAUGUCAUACCCUUUACAAACGUUGGUCUAAAUACUUCGGUAACAUUCAAGGAUUUAGAUCUAGAACCAGGAUUUGCUGUAUAUUACGUCACCGUACGAGCCUUUAGUGCCUCUUCGGCGUCGGCGGCUAUAACUUCAAACGGAUUUUUUGUCAGUUUUGACGGAGGAGUUACUGCUGGAACAAUCAGCAUGCCUGAAUUUAUCAACUCGAAUGUGACCUUUGACGUUCAGUGGAACGAUUUUACCUCAAACGUUGGUAUUAUGCUGUAUUACUUUGCUUUAUCUGACUACCAGAAUUCAACAUCUGGAGAUUGUAGAAGAUACGUUGACGGUGGGAAAGCGACAGAUGCCGAAAAAGAAGAAAAAUUUAAUGUGUAUCAAGUAACAACAGUCGGAGUCAGUACAUAUUUAAAUAUAGAAGACCUGAUGUUGUUGCAAAAUGCAACAUAUUUUCUAUGGAUAAUGGGUGUUGAUAAAGCCGGUGAAUGCAAUAUGACGUACCACAGAUUUACAGUUGACGUAACAAAACCAGAGAAUGGGAAAAUUACUGCUGGUCCAUAUUUCAACAUGGCUCUGGCAUAUACAAGAUACAGUUCCGAAAUCCAUACAAAGUGGACAGGAUUUCAAGAUAGAGACUCGGGCAUAAAAAUAUUCAUCCUCACGCUUUGGCAUUUAGGAUAUUGUUCUGCUGAAAAAACACGAAAGAUAAUUUCAGCUGUAGAGAUAUUAGGCAGUUAUACCGAAUACAGAUUUACCAAUCUUAGUGUUGAAAAAGAUACUGUGUAUCUAGUGACAAUAGAAGCAAUUAAUCGAGCAGAAUUAAUCACCUCUGCUGAAACGUCUCCAAUUGUGUUUGAUGAGUCAAUGCCAACUGCAGGCCAUGUUAGUGAAGGGACAUUGUUUACAAAUGACCUUGUGUGGUGGGGUUUCACCGAUCACAUUGAAGGUACAUUGUUACAUAGUCCUGUACAUAUCAGUGACCCUUGUCCUUCGAGAAAUAUUUCAAUGGGUGAUUAUGGCUGGCGAGCAGUAGAAUUAGAACGACUGAAUGACCCUGAUGGAAUCGAUUGGAAAAUACAAUAUAGAGAAGCUAAUAUACGUUAUGACACAUACAACGAUGAAAUCAGCAUAAAAAUAUAUAGGGAUUCUAAAGCAGCACGAAUUUAUUCAGCUGCUUAUAUGCGAAAGGCAGAUAUCAAAGAUGGCGGACGUUACGAGUUAUCAAUUCGUGCUGCUGAUGGAGAUGGUGUGGCUGUUACAGGCGUUACAUUCUGGGAUGGUGAUGAGGGUGAUAUGCAUAUCUUUAACCACAAAACAAGAAACUGGAGUGAGCUUGGUUCGUGCAGCUGUUGCCUGGAAUCCAAUAUUACUGACUGUCUCUGCAACUGCACAGAGUAUUUAAACACACUGAGUAUGUAUAAUAGUACGUUGUAUGAAAAUACGACGGUAUAUAACAUGACGUCAUAUGCACCUAAACGUUCCGAUGCAAUAUCCCAGCAAUCGUGUGGGAUACAAAUAUAUGCAGGGGGAGAUCCAUAUGUAGUGACGUGGUGUAGAUUCUUCAACAACACAGGAGAAAGCAUGUCUGUCAGAUCUGAACUAGAUUUUUCUCCAUCAGCAGAAUUUCAUCACUACAGAAUGGAGUUCUUUAUACUGAAGGACGAUCUCUUGAAAACAACUUGUAUCAACGUGUUUGCAGAUGAAAAACAAAUAUCGGAAAUGUGUGGCAUUCCACCAUUAAGCUCACGUACCCGACUUAUAUUACAUGUAUGGAACAAAGACAAUAUUGUUCCAGCUUUAGAUAUCUUUAAUCAAUGGCAAACAAGAGCAGCCUUCAAAGAUCUAAUAAUGCCGCCGGAAGUGAACGCCUUGUGCAGAUAUGGAGACCCAUUUGAAGGCGGUACAAAUGCAAUUGUUAGAUACGAAGCCGGUAUAGGAACUGCUCAAGGUGAAGUGGACAUGGUUGCAUUUCAAGAGGUAAACAAACCGUGUAUACCUUGUACAGAUGCUUGUUCACAGUUUGAUUGUGACAGUGAUUGCGAGUCUGACGGCUACACACUGAUACAUUUCACAGUCAAAGACAUAGUUAUCGAUGCUUCUUACGAUAAAGCGUUAUACAUCUCUGUAAAAGCUGUUAUUGGAUCCGGCGAAGAGAUUGUAUCAUCAUCCAAUGGUUUCUAUAUUGACCUUACACCGCCUUCAUUCGACGAGGAAGUAAUGAUGUAUAUAGAUGUUCGUCAAGGAGAUUUUACGCCCUCUGAGUUUCAAGGAUCAAAUAAUACCAUCAAAGCAAUUUGGCUUUGUUAUGAUACCAAAAGUGAGAUAGCGGAAUAUGAAUGGGCUAUCGGGACAGCGGUUGGUUAUGAGGAUAUUCAACCGUAUACGUCAACAGGAACAGUUUCCACUGGAACAAACAAUGAAUUAGAAGGGCAGCUUAAACACAAUUCUACAUAUUACGUCAGCAUUAAAUGUACUAACAUGGCUGGUUUAACGACUAUAUGGAAAGACAAAAAAGGUGUAACAGUACUUCUCGAAGCUCCAGAUCCCGAUACAGUAGACGCCGAAGCUGUUGGUGCUGAACACUUUGAUAAAGAAGUUUACCCAACGACAGCCGUUAAAUCUAUGGAUCCUAGUUCAUGCGGGGAAUCUUGGACUGUUAGUACAGAUCCGAAUAUCAGACGUUACGAUUUUUGUGUUGGAAGUUCAGUGGAAAAUCGAAGUGAUAUAAUACCAUGUGUUUGGGUUGGAUAUAACAUGUCAGGAGUUGUCGAAAUCAAAUACGGUUAUCUUUAUAUAGACAGCACACCAUAUCGUAAAAUUUCUGAGCUUCGCGCUUUAAGCAAAGGAAUUUUCGAUUACAGUAUGGCAAACGAAGAUGAUAAUACAUUUCGUAUGGAAAGCGGAAGAACUCUGUUCUUAUUUAUGCGACUAUGCAACAAAGCUGAAAUAUGCAUCGAUAAAUUUGUAAACUCUUUACUGAUAACUGAUGAAAAGUCAGUCCUCUUCAGCAGUGAAACAGGAAAGAGCAAACUAUUUCAGUUAAAAGAUACACAGAAUAACAGAGUGAAACGAACUUCUUCAAAGCUUUUCAUCGAAAUGCCAGAUGGUAUGGAAGAAGGUCAAAGUAUCUUGUUCAAUGAGUUGACUGAGGAAAACAUGACAUCACGCUACGACUCAGUGGCUUCCACAACAUUUACAUCUUAUAUUGUCAACCCACAAGAUACUUUUAAUAGGACGGAAAGACUCUUAUACAGGAGGAUAUAUUCUGUUGAAUUGUCCUUCACACUAAGUCCAGUUGGUCAACAACCAUUACCUGCUCCACUAAAGCUUACCUAUCCGAGUUUCAAUGACACCGCGAAUGACACAGUAAUUAUGGUUAUUCACUGGAAUCCAGACUCCCAACAAUGGCAGAUAACAAAUAACACCUGCAAUGUGGAAAAUGUAACAUUCGAAAAUGAGACAAUUGAUGGGUUCUCUUCAAUCUGGAUUUGCGAUACCCGUUUGUCAGCUGAUAUAAUGACGGAAAAUCAAACAUACUUUUCGAAGGAGACUCAGUUUGCACUAGCGACAGUAUCAUCGAAAGUCAUUAACAACCCACCAGUAUUUACAGAAACCUCUAUUACUAUAGAUGAAGAUUCAGAGGACACGCACUUUGUGCUCCUUGCUAACGACACGGAAGAUGAUCCAUUUAUUUUCAAACUACACAAAGAAGACAUGCGAUACCCUUUUGGGAACAUAAUUUUGAGUAGUGAUGGAAUUUUGACAGUUUCACUGUGCCAGAACUGCUACGGCGCAGCAACAGUUGACUUUUUCUUAGCAGACGCACCAACAUGGGAAGGCAUUUUACCUGCACAGGCAAAUUACUCAUUAGAUAUCAAGGUUUUGCCACUGAAUGAUCCUCCAACGAUCCGCGUCCUCUCUCCAAACGGAACAAAUAUAUUACCAAAAGAUCCUACUGAACCUGUCUUGAUUUUUAAAGAACAAGCUGAUAAAACUUUAUCGAAAGCAGUUGUGGUAGUGAUAGCGUAUGAUAUCGAUGGACCACAAACCUUACAAAUGAUAUCAAAUACGAGCAAUGCAUCUCAUUCCUUCAUCCUGAAUGAUGCUUACCACGAGGACAUAAUAAACUUAGUGUCUUGUAAACAUGAAAAGUGUAUAGAUGAAGAUGCUCUUGCAAGUUCCUCUGUCACAGAGUGGAAAGGCAUUUAUAUCAACUACACCCGAGCAGAUACCUCUUUUAUUGGCUUAGACACAAUAAAAAUUGUGGCACAGGACGAGGCUGGGGCAUUUUCAGAUGUUGUUUCUAUCACUCUCGUCAUAAUGGAAAAUAAAUGCCGACAUGGAAAAUGCAAGAGUUUAAAUCCACGACAAUAUUCAUGCAUCGACACAAGGAGAGCAGACAGUUUUGACUUAUACUUUAUCUGUGACUGUCCUGUAUCUUGGGAAGGUCCGUAUUGUGACCAAGACGUCGAUGAGUGUGCAUUAGGUUACUGUGAAGCAUGGAAGAUAUGCGAGAACACAAUGGGAAGUUACGAUUGCUACUGUAAAGCUAGCGAUAUCAUCUGUAAACUGUCUGUUGAAGUGUGGGAGUUUGCUGUUAUUGUAACGGCGAUUGCAGUUGUCCUUUUAGCUAUACUAGCAGUGUUUAUAGUACGGACAUUAAAGUCAAAGACGUACAAGAUCAAACAGGAGUUAUCGGACAAAGAGAUAUCAGAGUCAAGUAUAUCAUUAACAGCGGUCUUGAAAAAUCCACGGGAUCCUGGACCUGCUAGACCUCGUUUAGGACAAGUCGGGCCGUGGCCUUUGCACGACGAGGAUGUGAGCAGUGAAUCGAACGUUUGUACAUCACCAAUACCCCCAAUGUCGUUGUUUACUACUAGCCAUCCCCGUGAUGAUAUGCCCAAGACCGAUAAUGAUUCAGUGGAAGAAGUUUUUGUACAUCCGGCACCAGUCGUUGAUCAUGAACAACAUGUAUCGGAACUUACGCAGGGCGAUGAGGAUGAACAUUUAGACUUGGAUAUAUCUUCACUACCAACGUCACCGACACCGUCAUCAGACUUAGAUAUUUGUGCACUGACAACGUCAGCGAUAACGCCUUCAGACUUCGAUAUUUGCAUGCCAGAAUCACCACCAAUGCCAGCCUUUAUUACUAACUAUUCCGAUGUUGAUUUGCCUAGGGCCAACAGUAAUUCGGAAGAAGGACACCCGGCACCAAGAUUUGAUCGAACGCAGCUAAGAGCCCAUCUCAGACAGAGGAAAUUGGAAUUAGAGGCAAUGAAUGAAAUACCAGAGGAAGACAUGCAAGACCAUCCACCGCCUGAGAUAUUUGAGUCAAAUGUGAUCACAAAAUACCGCAGAGGUGCCGUCGCACCAAUGAAUGAAAGUGAAGCCGGUGAAACAAGUGAAUAUGACCAAGCAAAUGCAGACAAUACACAAAAAAGAGAUGUUAUUCAAGUUCUUACACAGAAUAAGCGUGAUGGUAGUGUGGAUAUACCUGAAGAUGAAAAGGAAACUUCAGAAGAAAUAUGUCGUGUUGAUCAGGUUCUUUCACAAAGUCCAUCUGAACAGAAUAGUGAGGAAGGAAAUUGAUCGGUUGCAUACAUGGGAACAUAAUGUGAACACUAUGUGUCAUUUUUUAUUCUAAUGGAAUUGCACUGAAAAUGAAGAUAUUAACCGAGCUGAUUGUUGUAUUAGUUACUUUAGGAGUUGUGAACAAAAUAUUAACAUUUAUAAGUGGACGAAACUAGAUUGUUUGUAUGUUAAAACAGAUAUUUCAUAAUUUACUGUAAAUAGUGUUUAAUUUUCUUUAUUACACAUAUUUUUGUUAUGGUUUCUUUUUCAAAUAUCAAUUGCUCAUUGUCAUAACCGUUGCUAGGUAUGUAUGCAUUUCUAAUGAUAUCAUUUCUGUUUUUCAACGCUAUUUGUUAAUUAUAUUGUAUGUUUUUCUAUUCAACAUCACCAAAUGUAUCUCAAAAGUGACAAUAUUUUGAAUAGUAUGUUUCUGUGCUUCAAAAAGCAAACAUGCCCAAAUGAAUUGUGCGUAGGAGAUGUAAAUCUAAGAGAACAAAACUUAUUCGAUAAACAGUGCCCGGACAGGUGUAAAGGACAAACCUUUUAAAAUCUAGAACUUAUGAAUUGCGCCAACGUCAUCUACAUAAGCAUUUAGCAUCAAAGUCUACGGAAUGUUCCAUCGUUGUGAUUCUUGGGCAACAUAUUUAUUAUUUAACAGUUUCAUGACGCUCAUGGUUAUCCAAUAUUAGUCAAGGACGACCUGAAAUCUGUACAUCCAUAUGACAUGAUUUAAGAGCUAGAGCGUAGGCUUUACAUAAAACACACAAUUGUCGUAUUCGACUCGGUCUUUAGCUGAGAACAAACAUGAUCGGUAACAACGUUUUCUGUUUGACUGAGACUUUUCCGUUUGAAACAACACUAACGAUUAUGUAUGCAUAUAACAUUUUGAAAUAUUUCUUUCUAGUGUGUCUUUUGUCUCUUUUAUUAUACCCCACUAAACAUGUUUGUGGGGUGUGGGGGCUAUAUAGGAGUCAGUUUUGUCGCGUCGCGUCGCGAAAUCUAUUAUCUCAGUUAUUACUAGAUAGAUUUGAUUCAAACUUAAAAAGAUGUUUCACCUUAUCACCCGCAUCAUGUGACACAAGGUGCAUAACUCUGACACCAAUUUUUCAUGCCCCCGAAGGGAGGCAUAUAGUUUUUGAACCGUCUGUCCGUCUGUCGGUCUGUCGGUCUGUCCGCAAUUUUCGUGUCCGGUCCAUAUCUUUGUCAUCCAUGGAUGGAUUUUCAAAUAACUUGGCAUGAAUGUGUACCACAGUAAGACAACGUGUCGCGCGCAAGACCCAGGUCCGUAGCUCAAAGGUCAAGGCCACACUUAGACGUUAAAGGUCAUUUUUCAUGAUAGUGCAUUGAUGGGCGUGUCCGGUCCAUAUCUUUGUCAUCAUGGAUGGAUUUUCAAGUAACUACGCAUAAAUGUGUACCACAGUAAGACGACGUGUCGCGCGCAAGACCCAGGUCUGUAGCUCAAAGGUCAAGGUCACAGACGUUAAAGGUCAUAUUUCAUGAUAGUGCAUUGAUGGGCGUGUCCGGUCCAUAUCUUUGUCAUUCAUGCAUGGAUUUUAAAAUUAUUGGGCAUGAAUGUGUACCACAGUAAGACGACGUGUCGCGCGCAAGACCCAGGUCAGUAGCUCAAAAGUCAUGGUCACACUUAGGCGUUAAAGGUCAUAUUUCAUGAUAGUGCAAUGAUGGGCAUGUCCGGUCCAUAUCUUUGUCAUUCAUGCAUGGAUUUUAAAAUAACUACGCAUGAAUGUGUGGCACAGUAAGAUGACGUGUCGCGCGCAAGACUCAGGUCCGUAGGUCAAAGGUCCUAAACUCUAACAUCGGCCAUAACUAUUCAUUCAAAGUGCCAUCGGGGGCAUGUGUCAUCCUAUGGAGACAGCUCUUGUUUCAUAAAUUAUGCCCCCUUUUACUUAGAAUUUAAGGUUAAUUUUGAUGCAUUUUCACUAUAUCUCAGUUAUUACUAAAUGGAUUUGAUACAAACUAAAAAUAGAUGUUCCACCUUAUCAUCCACAUCAUGUGACACAAGGUGCAUAACUCUGACAUCAAUUUUUCGUGAAUUAUGCCCCCUUUUACUUAGAAUUUAAGGUUAAUUUUGAUGCAUUUUCACUAUAUAUCAUUCUGAUUGGCUUAGAGUCAAAGGGAAGUAACCUUUUUUAACUUUUGUACUGAGUUACUUCCCCUUAAAUUCCAAGAAUUAGUCUAUUUUUAGAAAUUCUAUUUUUAGAUUUUCAUUAUUUUAGGUAUUUUUCUAACUUUUUUAUUAUUAGUCCUAUGUAAAAAGUAAAUACAUUUUUCUGUGGUAACAUGUGUCGGUAAGACAUUUUUGUACUCAUUUUUAGUAUAUCUCUAAUAUUAGAGAUUUUUAAAUUUACCUCAUCCCUCAUCCUGGGCACAUGUACUAGUAUUACUUUAUAUGUGCCACGGAAGCCCAGGAUGAAGUACUCCAAAGACAAGUAAAACAUUUUUUUUUAAGUAUUUAGUUUUUUACGUUAUAUUAUUCUGUAAGUAUUUUUAAAAUUUCUUAUGGCUGCCAUUUUUCUGUGACAAGACCGUAUUGUGGGAGUAUAAGUCACUCCUGUGGCAGUUCUGGUUUGUUUUAAUCUUUAAAUUAUUGUUUACCCUUUAAUACGUUAUGAAUAUUUGACGCAUAAGUUUGAAUACGUCUGUAAAAUAUUUCUAUUGCUACUGUUUAAUAAUAAACUAUCUUGUAAAGAUC